AGACAUCGAGAAUACGACAGAUAGACUAGGCCUAUCCACUAAGGCUGAACUAUCUAUAAACCGAUCUACUCGUAGUUUAAGAGACAGCUCCAGGCUGUUUCAUAAUACAAUCUUUGGUCACCAUCAUUCAUAACCGCUAUAUAAACGGUGGCUGGUUUCUGGCGCGUGGAUCCCUCACAUCACACUGGGGAUUGAUCAUCAUUCAAGGUGCCAGUGGCCUAGCUUUGAUUGAAGCGGCUAGUGAAGGCAAUGAAGCCCUGGAAAAUGCUUGGGAAGGAGUUAUACAAACAAGAAUGGUUGGUGCAAGAAAACCUCACAGCCAUUCAUCUAUUCAACCACGGCUCCUAUGUUCCCUUUUUUGAUGAUGAAGUGGAGAGUCACGAUUCAAAUGCUGUUUGUAUUUGAAAUGCUGCUAUAUGGCCCCGGCAGACAACUCUUUAAAGAACUUAACAAAAUCAAUUGGUUCGUCACCACGAAUUUCAAGGUCUACACUAGAAGACGUGGCGAGUCGCAGGAAGCUGGCUCCCCAAGUCCGCUACAACCAUCUGAGUUGAAGCGACUACUACAGGAGACUUAUCCUAGGAGUCAAUGACGUAAUAUCCAAUACGUAAACAGAUACGGGCUAUGAGGACCGUCCAGGCCGUGACUAAAGGAAGGGGACAGGCCAAACUUCGACACUAAGUAUGUAUCUGGGAGCUAUUUGAAGGGUUUGUAUAUAUUAUUGUAUAGUUUUGCUGCUUUAAUCCGAUGGAUCUACAAAAAAAACUGUAUUCCCUUAAU